AACUGACGUCAGACGGGAAUCAAUGAAGGUAGAACAGCCGUCAGACUCGGGUGUUAUACAGAAGAGAUCACGAAGACUACGGACAAGAGAAGACAACAGGACAAAAAGAACUGCACUGGAAAGACCCGCACACUAGGAGACACUGGGUUUACACGCAGCGCUGAGAGACUCUGACUUUCACACCGUGAUUUAGGUCGAGAUUGGAUUUCAGCUCACACUUUGCUUGGAUGGUAGACUACUGAAGGGAGAAACUGUCAAACGAGCAAACUCGACCACCAAAACAUGGCCCUUAAUGACUCUGACGUGGGCUUGGAGGUUGUCUUUGAGAUCGACCCCCUCCUGCAGCUCUCCGAUGUCCGCCUUACACCUGACCCCAUGGUAUCAGCGGUGUUGAGUCCAUGGGAUGUGGCCCUGUGUGUGUCAGGUGCCCUGAUUUGUGGCGAGAAUGCAAUCAUCAUAGUGACCAUCCUCUCUUCAGCAUCUUUGCGGGCGCCUAUGUUCCUGCUCAUCGGUAGCUUAGCUUGGGCAGACUUCCUGGCAGGAGUUGGACUGCUGCUGUACUUUAUGUCUCACUGGUGUGUGUCCUCGAGGGGACUGGAGCUGGCUAGUGUGGGCCUGCUGGUAAGCGCAUUCAGUGCGUCUGUUUUCUCCUUGCUGGGCAUUACACUAGACAGAUUCCUGUCUCUCCACCGAGCCCUGACGUACGGCUCACGCCGCGCGCACACACACACUUGCUGUGCUCUGGCUAUGGGGUGGACUCUGGCGGGGCUGCAGGGGGUUCUUCCUGCUUUAGGCUGGAACUGUCUGGACGAUAGACAGUCAUGCAGCGUAGUGUGGCCGCUGACUCGAGUGCAUUUGGCUACACUGUGUGGAGGCUUUCUGCUGGCCCUGGCUCUGAUGCUGCAGCUCAAUGCCUGGAUCUGCCAAGUUGUCCUGCGCCACUCACAUCAGAUUGCCCUACAGAGACACACACUGCCCUCUGCACGCACACACACACGCCGACGUGUGCACACUCUCGCCCUCAUCCUUGCCAUCUUCGCCAGCUGUUGGAUUCCCUUUGCCGUGUAUGGGCUCCUCGGAGAUGGAUCAUCACCUGGUCUAUACACAUAUGCCACUCUGGUGCCAGUCACAGGAAACUCUCUGCUCAACCCUUUGAUUUAUGCCUACAGAAACACCCACAUACAGCGUGCACUGAGGCAGGCUUGCUGCUGCUGCCUACCGAACACAUUUACCAAAAACACGCACACACCAAGUGAUGUGUAACAGACAGCUUAUCUGAAAUAUGAUAAUUGGCACCAUGACAGAUCAUGCUUUAAUUAAUUUACCAGACUCUAAACACAUAUGCACAUGCACGGCCAGGCAAAAGUUUGGACACACGACUGAAAAUACUGUACGUUUUUCAUUGUCAAAGAUAUUUUUAUAAAAUAGGAAAAUUUAUGUCUAAUACAAAUAUUGAGGUUAAUGUCCACAUAUUCAUUUAUUUCUGAAUUUUUUUCCUCAAAGUAAUUUCUCCUCCUGGGUUAUGGUCCCUUAUAAAGUUGGUUUAGAUGAUGCCAAGAAUGUGCAAAGCUUUAUCAGAAACACUGUCAAAAUAUACAUAUAAUCAUUUUGAUUUAUAUAGCACAUUUCUGGCUUGUUGUAUAAAAUAAUGUGCUAUUUUAUAAUGAGAAUGUAUUCAUUAUUAUUCUAAGAUCAUUAAAAGGAAAAAAACAAAACAAACCCUUCUAUGAACAGGUGUGUCCAAACAUUUGACUGGUAGCGUCCUCACCAUUGCCUCCUUAGAAAACUGUGCAAGUAGCCAAGACCUCCGCCUGACUUGUGAUAAAUGAGUCACAUCAAUCUGAUGUCUCACUUAUAGACUCUCCUACAACAUAAUGUAUUGUCUUGUAGUCUUCUUCCAUAUUUUUGUUUCUAUUACAAAAACACCAGAUAAAAACGUGUUAAUCUUUCAUUUUCUAUACAUCAGGUACAAAAAUGACCAACACAGCAGUUUCUGCUGAAAAAUUGAGAGUUGUAUUGCAUCAAUUGUCUUCAAGUUGUGCCUGAUAUGUUCACAGACUCUGACAUUCAGAGAUACUACUGAAAUUGAAAAAUAUUAGCACUUUACUAUGACUUGACAAUUUGUACAAUUUUUGUUUGAAUGUUAUUGUUCCAAUUCUUUCGUUAUUCAUGUAUUUAUGUAUUUAUUGACUGAAGUACUUGACAUUUGUUAAAAUUAUGGAUGAAUGCUUUUAUACUUCAAGUAUGCGCUGUUUGCACAGGGUGCACAAAUGUCUAUGUUGAAGAAUGAAUGUGUUCUUUUUUUUAAAUGAAAUGUUUUGAAAUGAUCUAUGUGUCGUUUG